AUGGAGGAGAUUGAGACACAGCCCCACCCCAACCCGUUAUACCCCCCUUCACACUCCUAUUCCACGGUCUCAAUAGUCUCGCAGAUGAUACCUUCCCUUGCGGAAAUAGUAACAGCCGCAAAAACAAAAAAAAUGCAUGAUGUUGAAAGUUUUCAGUUACUACGAUGGAAAGACUGGAUAAUCCUAGGAUACCCUGACCUCGUCAACGCGACUAGCAGCUAG